UCCCUUUCUAAGUAACUCCGCCCACGAACAGGUGCCCUCAAAUGUAAAUAAACAACGCGCCAAAAAACACAAUGACCAAACGAUGAUUCGACUGUACUAUAUUGAAAUUUUCAUACUCGAAACUUGGUGAAAAAAAGCCCACACAUUAGAAAACACCUGAAAUUCACUGAUAGAAUUACAUUAUUUUGCAGCUGAGGAUAUUUGAAUUAUUGUAUUUCUGUCAUUUCCGGCGGUUAAAUUUGAUUUUUGAAAUUGACAAGUCCUAAAAUAGCAAUGUAUUGAUGAUCUUGAUAAUUGUGGAAUCUUGUUCAAGGAAUAAUAAUGGAAAAGGCAUCCCGUGCUAUAAGAAGGAAUAUAGUAUUUUGGAGGAGUGGAACAAAGUUAAUGUCUAGUCUUGGAGAUGGAACUAAUUCUGAUAUGAAUGUUAUGAUCUCAGAAGUGAAAAAUUUAAGAAAUUCUAUUAAAUCACAAAUAAAUGCAGAAACGUCUGCAUCACAAGACAUGUUAAGAUGGUCAGCUAAUGAAGAAAACAGGGCAAUACAGGAUGUGUGUAAUCAUAUAUCAGAGUUAAAUCUGCAAUGGACUGAAGCCCAAAGGGAAUUAAAUGAUAAUUUAAAGGAAUACAUGAAGAUGUUGGAGCUGGUCUUAGAAGGAGAGAAACAUGUCAAAGAAGCAAAAAAUAAUCUGGAUAAUUGUGAAAAUAAAGAAAAAGAUUACCAGAAAAAAUUGAAGAAAACAUGUAAGAAGGGUUCUGUUGAGGAGAGGAUGUCCUUUGAAUCCAAGGUCACACAGGCACAAAAAUCAAGAGAUGUGGCUUUGUUAGAAGUUUGUGAAAAAGUGAGAGAAAACGAAGCAGUUAAAAUGAUACGUUUGAAGGAAGGUUUGACAAAGAUUUCUGAAGCCUAUAUGAUGAUGGGGAAAAAAUGUUCCAUUCUGUUUGAGGCUGAAAGGGAUGUUGCUAACCUGAUUCCUGAUGUACAUGGACAGAAUCUGGAAGAAAUUAAAUAUACAGGUGCACUCCAUUCCCAAGCAUUUGUACAAAGGGCUAAAGAUAAAGUCCAAGCAUGUAAAGUUAAACCACUAAGAAGAUCAUCAAGUCUUCCUAGACAGUCCCAGUUGUGUCGAGAUAGAUGCUCACCUUAUGAAACACCUGAACAGUCACCCAAAAAAUCUUCUUCUUGUGACUCACCAAACAAAUCACCAAUAAGUGGCUCACCAAGCAAGUCGUCAAUCAGUGACUCACCAAGCAAGUCAUCUAUGAGUGACUCACCUAGUAAAUCCUCAAUGUAUGAACAAGAUUCUGAUCCACCACCAUACCACACAGUCUACCCAAGUAUCUAUCCAAGUCUACACUUCAUCACCAGUAACCGUGACUACAGUCAGAACCAAUCAGAUCAUAGUAACAACUCUUCACCAGAGACCAGCAUUUGUAGAAAGUAAAUGGACAAAAGAAAGAUAAUUCAUAUUGGUGCUAAAAUUAGAAUGUAUAUUGUUAUAGUUCUUUUUGUCUUCAGAUACAAAUGCACUGACAUGAUGUUAAUUUUAGAUUAUUUGUUAGCUGAUAAAGACUAGGCACUAAACAAAGAAGCCAUGAUUUUAAUUUGGUGAAUAGUUCAUUGUAUAAAAACAAGAUAUUUAAAGACAUAGUAUAUAUUAUGCUUGUUAAUCCUUGAAAACAUAGUAGCUUUGAGCUAACUUUGUUAAUCCUUGAUGAAUUCUUGCUUUAGUGUAUUGCUUUGGUCAGCUAUAUAUUCAUAUCCCAAUGAAAGAAAUAUCUUUAGAUGCUUUGAAAGAUGCACAGUAUGAACAUCUUGAAAAAGACUACUUUAUAUAAGCCAAGAAAAUUCAUGCAUGAAAUUAAAAAAAAUAAACUUGCUGUUAUGAAUAAUAGAAUUCAUAACAAAAGAAUUUCAAAAAAUUCUUUUUUGUAUUGAACGAUAUACUAACUUUGUUAUGAAUUAAGUUUUUAUGAAGCCAUCUAAUUUACAUUGAUGGUUACAAUGAUUCAAAUACAGUUCACUUAUCUCUUUAAUUAUACAAGUGGAGAAAUGAGUUGUUCAAGACAAAUUUAAGACCAUGAUUUGUCUUUAUUAAAUUAAAAUAUUAGUGUUUAACAUUUUUUUUAAUUUUGCAAAGAUGACUAAUUGGUGAAGUAAUUGUUUGGACCAUGAUAAUGAUUUGUCCUAUUAUUUCAAAGCUAUUAGUGUCUAAACCUUUUUGAAUUUUGUCAAGUUGACUUCUUGGUAAGACAAAUUUUAGAACAUGAUUUGUCUUAUUGUUUUAAAAUUAUAAGUGUAAUUUUUUUUAUACAAUAUGGUCAAGAUGACCUACUUCUUAGAUGCAUGCAUACUUUUUUAUAUGAUGGAUAUUUAACCUUUCCUACCAUACAUAGUAUUUGUAUCUGGAUACAGUUUGGUAACAGGAGAUUACCAUAAAGUUGUGGUCAUAUUACUGGGAAAAUAUGUUUAUUUUUAUAUAUACUUUAAAAAGAAUAUUUUAAAAUUUUGGUUUUAACCAAGUUUUUAUGGUCAACUUAACAUGGAACUGUAAUAGUGUGAUUGAUCCAUGGUGGACACAUCCUGUAUCCUUACUGAAUGCAUGCAAUGAACUUUGUUAAAGGGUAAACAUGGUCAAUCUUUUUCAAACAGCUAUGACACACCAAUGAAGUUAUAUAAAGCUUUAUGAUUUAUAAGAUUGUAAAGCUAGACCAGCCUUAAUUUAUAACAAUACAGCAUAUAUAACAUGUAUCCAACUUAAAUAAUGCAUGGAAAAUAACCCCCAAAUCUAUCUCUUCAUUAAUUUUGUGCAUAUAUAUAUAUGUAUUCAGUCAAACAUAUACUAAUUAGUCCUGUAGUAAUGUCUGAUUGUUAUGUUUUCAAAAGUAUGAUGGAAACUAGUUUUUUAUUAGUUCUUUUUUUCCUAGGAAAGGAAAACAUUUAAUGUGUAAAAUACUAUUAUAAAAGAUAUAAUUUGACAACAAAAGAUUCAAAUCAUUAAUAAACAAACUGUACAAGUAUGAUUUUACAGCCGAUUGCAUUGAGUGUGUAGGUAAAGAUAAUAUUUUUGGUUAGCUUGCUUGCUAGCUGAACCGUGAAGUCAUUAUUAGGUAAGGUAUAUUGCCCUCCUUUGGAAGUACCCUAGUUUUACAGACAGAUAGAUUGGUCCGACUAGUCUACUCUAAAAGGAGGGUAGUUUACCUAACCUAAUAAUGACUUAAUGGUUCAGCUAGCAAGCAAGUUAACCAAAGAUUUUACCUUUACCUACACACUCAAUGCAAUCAGCUGUAUUAAAUUUGUACAAUUCAAUCAAGUCUUCAAAUAAAAAAUCCAAUUUAAACAUUGAGAAAACAGUUUGCACUUAAACUUCUGGUGAAAUAAAAGAUAUUUCCAGAUGCAAAUUAUAAUUUAUUAUAUCGGUAUAAAACGUUUUAGUUGUAUUUAGUUUAUAGAUAAACAGAUACAUGUUGUAUUUAUAGUUGAUUUGUAUAAGCUAGUCAGAGGAGCAAGACAUUCUUUUAUAUUACUUUUACUAAUAUUUCUUUUUUUUGAAAUAUAUUCUUUUCUAUCACCUCUUUAACUCAUAUGCUAGUCAUAACAUUGUGUUAUAUGUGUUAUAUUUAGUGAAUAUGUGUAAUAUUUAGUGAAUGUUUAUAUGUCCUAUUUUUGCAUGUGUUAAUCUGUGAACUUUAAUGUGUGUUCUUUGUAAAACUUCUAUACACAGUAGUUUGUAAAUAGUUAUAUGCACAACAAACUUUUUGAUAGCAAUAUUUCAUUUCUUAUUCUUUUUAAGAUUUUUUUUUAAUAAAUUCUUGAUACUA